AUGCUUCAGCCAGAGGAAGCAUUUGAAGCACUUGUUGCUGAAGGGGAUGCACUAAAAAUAUAUGGCGAAGCGGAUGACACUAUUCCCAGCUCACCAACUACAAAAUCAAUAUCUCUACCGUCAACCGCCGUAAAACUACGUCGCUAUGUCAAUAAGAUUGAAAAAUCGAUUGACGGUAUAAAGGAUAUUCUUGACGAAGUAAGCCCGGGCCUUUCACGCCGUAUAAAAGUGGUUAAUCAAGGCAGUCUCACCUUGGCCGAAUUAGGCGAUCUACACCGUGAGAGCUUUGCCAAGGUUCGUGAUACAGCAACGCGCAAGAAUCAAAAAACUACAAAGCGCCAAGUCAAAGCGAGCGGUAUACUCUAUGUAAAAGAUGCGAAUCGCCUCAUAAAACGCCGUCAUGAUGGGGAUUUGUUGAAAAUCUAUAAGAGCCAUGUCGUUGGCGUGCCGCAGCCGAUGGAAGAAGCGGCUUCAACAGAGCCUCAAAACAGCACUUCAUAUUUUCUGGCCCUUGAGUCCGGGCCGACCACCACCCGGUCUAGGGUGGGAGGCGACGCGACAAGUAUUGCUUAUUGUCCGGCUACCCCAUCUGAUCCGUCGAUCUUAGGGCUCGGCUCGUCACGAGAGCGGGAACGCCCGCUCCAGGAGCGGAUCUAG